AUGAUCUAUCUAUCUAUCUAUCUAUCUAUCUAUCUAUCUAUCUAUCUAUCUAUCUAUCUAUAUAAUGAUGAUCCCAUAUGGAGAUCACAAUUGACUGCACCAGUGUCUCUCUUCCCAGAGGCAUACUAUGGAUUCCAUAAAUUCAACUAUCUAUCUAUCUAUCUAUCUAUCUAUCUAUCUAUCUAUCUAUCUAUCUAUCUAUCUAUUUCAGUCUCUUCAGUAUCUAUCUAUCUAUCUAUCUAUCUAUCUAUCUAUCUAUCUUAUUUUCUUUCAUUUCUGUCUGUCUCUCUCUGUAUCUAUCUAUCUAUCUAUUUAAUGAUGAUGAUAAUAACAAACUCCUUUAUGCCAAUUGUGCCAUUUUCCUCUCAUUCCACUUGUGCCAUUUUUCUUCUCAUUCCACUUGUGCCAUUUUCUUCUCAUUCCACUUGUGCCAUUUUCCUCUCAUUCCACUUUGCCAUGCCAUCGGCCUCUACCUCACGGUUGUCUCUUUCCUACUCUUCAUUUUCAGUUGCCUCUACAUUCACGGCCAGCUGUCUCCCUCUUUUCCACCUUCCUGUUCAGUGGCCUCUAUCUCACGGUCAGCUCUCUCUUCCAUUUCUCACUUUCAAUGACCAUUAUUAUUAUCUAUCUAUCUAUCUAUCUAUCUAUCUAUCUAUCUGUAUAUAUAAGGAAGGGAAAUAA